AUGAAGGAAGCUGGUGUGAGCUGCUAGUCACUGACUGAGUUCUGCCUCCACCAGGCUUCAGGGAUGAAGGCUGCGGGCAUUUUUGCCCUGAUUGGCUGCCUGGUCACAAGUACGGAGUCCAAACUCUACACUCGCUGCAAACUGGCACAAAUAUUUGCAAGGGCCGGCCUGGACAAUUAUGCAGGCUUUAGCCUUGGAAACUGGAUCUGCAUGGCAUAUUAUGAGAGCGGCUACAACACCACGGCUGAGACUAUCCUGGAAGAUGGAAGUAUCGACUACGGCAUCUUUCAGAUAAACAGUUACACGUGGUGCAGAUACGCAAAGCUGCAGGAGAAGAACCACUGCCACGUUGCCUGUUCAGCCUUGGUCACUGAUGACCUCACGGAUGCGAUUAUUUGUGCCAAGAAAAUUGUUAAAGAGACGCAAGGGAUGAACUAUUGGCAAGGCUGGAAGAAGCACUGUGAGGGCAAAGAUCUGUCUGAGUGGAAAAAAGGAUGUGAUGUUUCACGAGGUGCAUCUUGACCCAGUGUGCUUUGCGACAACCCCCUACGAUUUGUAAUGAAGUUCUAAAUGCUUCUGCCAUCUUGCCUCUUUCCUCCCACUAUUCCUUCUCAAAGUUGGAGGGGGAAAGCUAUGUUAUAUUUUUAAAGCAAUAAAUAUUUCCAUUUAAGUGUCUUCACCCUGA